AUGUCCAACUUGUCGUCUGUCCUGCGCUUUUACUACGACCCCAUCACCGAGGUCGAACGCGUCAUGGAAGAGGCUCUCACUGCCUCUGCUGGCAUCAGUGACCGUCCCUCCGUCAUCCGUCCCAGGAUGGACAUGCACGAGAACUCCGAUACCAACACGGUGGUCAUGGUGUUCGAGCUUCCUGGGUUGAAGCCCAAGGACGUUGUCAUCGACGUGCAACAGAACCGCUUGGUCGUCUCGGGCGAGUUCACAAGGUCGGCGUCCCUCGACGAGUCUGGAUAUGUCCUCCGCGAACGCCGUAUGGGCAAGUUCUUCCGCGCUCUCCAGAUUUCUGCCGGCGUCAAGGUAGCCAUUUCCGAGUUCAAUGAUGCAUUGAUGACAGGAGCUUUCCAGCCAGAGGAGGUGACCGCGCACAUGGAAGAUGGCCUCUUAAUGGUCACAUACCCCAAGAUCCCUUUGGAACAGCAUGCUCAUCGCAUCACCAUCACAUAG